AUGAGGCACCUUCAAGAUGUUGAACGGGAUCGGCUGAUAAAAAAGAUAACAGAGAAAAGAGCUAAACUAGAAGCUAGAGGAGAUCUAAAUAUUAAGGUCCGAAGGUUGUCUUUGCCGGAAGAUUUUAACAUAAAUGACAGGUCGAUAUUUUCACUGCCACCCGAGCUUCUUAAGCCGAUUCUGGCUUCUUCGCAUCCGAACUGA